AUGAUCUGGCACACACUGAAACUUCUGGGGAGGUUCUGCCCUUUAGCUUUUUCAGUAGCGGGCUUGAUUUGUCUCGCCAUAGUGUUUGCCGGAUGCAUAUCAUCGUCCUCUCCCUCGGACUUUUAUUUCAUGAAGGCAAGUUCAUCGCUAAACUUGACCAAUUUUCCGGACCCCAGUAAUCUCCACCUACGCCGAGGACUGAGCAUCGCCGGUGUGGAUAUGUCCAGUGUCACGAGUGGAGCUUCCGAUGCUGCCAACAGCGCGACUCAAAUUGCUGCAAAUAAAGUAGAACAUGUCUCCACUGCGGUACAAUCUAAAGCCGACCAGGCCAGAGACCGCCUCGAAACAGUAUCCAAAGAUCUUAGGUUGCAUCUCCCCGCAUAUUAUGCCGUCGGGCUUUGGGGCUAUUGCCAGGGCGAGAAUAGUACGGGGCCUUUUGGCAACUGCUCCAAGCCAAGUACUUCCUUUUCGUUUAACCUCCUGAAGAUCCUUGGCUCGGCAUCCGAGGAGAUCAACGAUGUGUUGCCGAAAAGCGAUAAUAAAGUCCUUGCCGGCUAUCACGAUUUCUCACGAUGGACAAUCCUAGCAUACAUACUCGGGUUUAUCUUCACUAUUACUACUAUCAUUAUACAAGUUCUUCUGUUAAUUGUUUCUAAAGGAAAAAUAUUCCUCGUC